AUGGAGACGAAGAUGAAUCGCGCAAUUGCAGGAUUCUCUGUUCUUCUCUUCUUCUCUUUAUUAGUCAACAUCGCUUCAUCCGCCGAUUCACCGGCUCCGACUCCAGAUUCAUCGGUAAAAUCUCCUUCUCCUUCUCCGAAUACUUCUCCGAACUCUUCUCCGAAAAGUUCACCGCCAGCUCCAACUCCAACUCCGGCGAUAUCUCCUAUUCCCGAUUCGCCUCCAGCACCUUCACCUGAAAACUCCCCUUCUUCUUCACCUUCUCCAUCUCCAUCUCCAGAUCAUGCGGCAGAUUCCGAAGUAAGCCACAGCGGCGUCGGAGAUGCGGACGAAAAAUCAAGCGGAGGAGGAAUGAGUUCCGGUAAGAAAGCAGGGAUAGCGGUUGGAGUGAUUGCAAGUGUAUGUGUGGUUGGAUUGGGAGCGAUGGUGUACAAGAAGCGCCGGCAAAACAUACAGAGAUCUGAAUAUGGAUACACAGCAAGGAGAGAACUUCUGUAG